AUACCUCUUCCAACUACAGGUUUACUCAAGUCACCACUUGACAAAAUGUCUGCAAUUGGGUCCUUGAUCUUCUGCAAUGACUGCGGAAAUUUAUUAGAUGAGUCGUCUGGUGACCCUACGAAACUCAUCGUCUGCAGCAUCUGCGGAGCUCGUAAUCGAGACAUUGUCCCUAAAACCAUCGUCUCUGAAUCCAAAGCGAGUGCUUUCCCUUCGACACUGAGGGCAAAACGAUCGGCAGUCCAGAACUUGACAGCUGCAGAUAAAAGGACAGAAGCUCUUACACAACAUACUUGCGCGAGAUGUGGCAGGAAAGAGAUGUACUUCACAACCGUGCAAUUGCGCAGUGCAGACGAAGGAAGUACGGUCUUUUACACUUGCGUUUGUGGUUACAAGGAGACACAAAACAACUAA